AAAAGAAGUGACCUAGCUAGCAAGUUUGAAAAGAAAAAAAAGCAGAGAUAUAUAAUCUUCAAUUCCAUCCACUCAAAGACAUCCUUCAAUGGCCUCUCGUUUCCAAUCAAAGACCGCAUCACCGUGUUCAUGGAGAUUCACCGUUUCAUUAUUUCUGCUCAUUUCCCUCUCUGUGAACUCAUCUUCAAGCAUGAGAAUGGGAACCUUAAGAACCAGGAAAGACCUCGACGAUGGUGCUCAUACUAUAGGGUUAAAGCCUGUGAGGCCAAACGCUCCCCACCGGAGCGGUCAAGCUGAUGAAAAUGAUGCAGGAAUACUAAACAUGCUGCCAAAAGGUCAAAUUGUCCCUCCUUCUGGUCCAUCCGGUAGGCAGAAUUAGCAUGGUGGCCAUAUGGAGCUUGUUAAUUAGGUAUCCUAAUCAAUGAAAUAUUAAGCUAGCAAACUUUAUUUAUGUUGUUGUAAUUAUUAUUUUUAUUAAUAUCGUUAUUUAAUUAAUAUUCUUGCUUUGAUAUAUCUAUCCAUAAUAAGAAGUUGCCGUCUUGGUCGUCAUUGUUCAACAAUCGAUUAUGUGCUCGAUCGGGUCUGAUAUGUCCCCGUUGCUAGUGUUUCAAUUCACCAGUGUGAGCGCAUAAGGACGACGAGACUCAAACGACGGUUUGUGCAUAUAGUGAAAGGAGAAGUCGCUAUGUACACUCCCCCUUACACAACCUAUUACACAACUUAAAAAGCCCCACCCCCACCCUUGUUAACUGUAUUAACCCCCGCCUCUCUCCCUUUUUUUUCUUCGUCCAUCUCUCUCUCCCCUGCGCAGAAGAAUUGUCUGUUUCAUUCGUUUCUUUCGUCUGGAGGCGCUGAUCGAGAUUCUGAGGCGGCGAUGGAACCGAGUAAGACGUAUGGAGGCGACGACGAACUUGGCCUGGGCUGGAGAUGGGAGGAUAUAUUUGGUCCAAGUCCCGGCAACACGCCAGCGGCCAUGGAAGGCUUUGAAAAUGCGACGGAACCCAUGAUGCAAGGCCAUGAAGACACGACGACUCGUGCGACAGGUGCGACGGAAGGAGUUGAACACACUCCGGUAGGCAAUGAAGGGACGGCGGAUGUGAAAGCCGUGGAUGCUGAUCAAGGUUGGUUUGUUUUUUCUUCAUGGAUGUUAUGUGGUUUGGUAUUGAAGCUUCACAAAGAGAGUUUUUUUAACUGCAGACAAAAUAGUAUUGUCUGUUUAUACUAUAUAUAGAAGUAAAUUGUCUGGUGGAGACAUUUGUUGUGUUUUCGUACAGACAUUUAUUGAUCAAUACGUAUGUUUGUGAGUGGUCACACCCUAUGGGAAGACAUUAUGAAGAUAAUGUCAUUAUAAUACUAUUUUUGUUUGUCUGUAUUUGUAUUAAUAAUGUCUGUCAAUAUUAAUAAUUUUAAAC